AUGGUUAUAUGCGUUUAUGUUAGAUUUGUAUUUGUUACUCUUCGUUUGAUUGCAGUGUGGUUUGAUUUGGAUAGGAUGGCUGACCAAAGACAAACUCGCGGUCGAGCUGCGAUGAUACGAGAUGCACAUGAAGAGGCUCAUGAUGAGUCGUCUGUGCAUAUAGAGCAACAUGAACCGUCCAACGUAACAGGUAGAGGCCGUGGGCGUGGUAGACCUAGAGGUAGAGCUAGAGGUCAAGCUGUGGAGGAACAGGAACCAGUUCAGGCUCCUGGGAUGCCACAACAACCUAAUGCACUAGGCUUUGACUUUAAUCAGUUCUUAGCUGGAGUUGCAGCUAUGCAGGCUAACCAAGUGGAGAAUCAGGCUAUGCGUAGGGAGCAACUAUUGCAACAACAACAGCGUGUUGGUGCAAAUGUCGAUAGAGACAGUGUUUUGGCUUAUAUGCGGCUCAAACCAACAGAAUUUGAUGGUUUAGGCGAUGCAUUAGAUUUUCUUAUGGAAGUUGAGCGUAAUGCAAGACGUUUGCAGGCUGACGAGAGACAGUCAAUCUUGUUAGUUGAAAUGUCAAUGAAAGGACCAGCAAAAGAUUGGUUUCGACGUAUAAUUCAACCUACGAUGAAUCAAAUGGCCUGGGCAGAGUUUGUUAAUCGGUACAGAGAAUUUUAUCUGCCAUUUUCUGUGAACGAGAGUUAUCGAGAUCAAUUGUUGAAUUUGAGAAGAGGAAAUAGGCCAGUGCAAGAAUAUGUGACGGAGUUCACUAGGUUGGGAAGAUUUGCACCUGAUUUGAUGGCUGAUCCAGCAAGGGCGAAUGCUAGUUUCAUCAAGGGUUUAGGACCCGAGUUUAUUAGCCUUGUUUCUGACGUGAACCGAGAUUUGAUCCAACUGAUAGACAGUGCAAGUCAGAUGGAGACUUCGUUGGUACAGUUUGGCAGGAUUGUAAAUUCUACUGCACCAAUGUCAACAAGGAGUGAUCAAGUUGGUGCGACAGCCAAUACACAAAUGUGGUUUAAUCCAAGUGGUUUUACUGGACCGCGACAUAAAAAAUUUAAAGGGAAGAGUAAUAAGCCUUUCAAUACCCCUGGAGCUAGUUCAAGUGGACGUAGCUCAGGAAGUUCUGGAGUUUUAACUCCAUAUUGCCAGAAUUGUCGGAGGAGGCACUAUGGAGUGUGUCAUCUUGCUCCAGGAGCGUGCUUUGUUUGUGGCCAACCAGGCCAUUAUGCAAAACAGUGUCCGAUGUCAGGAGCACAAGGGUCUGCUGCCAGUGUUGCUCAACCUUUUCAGCAGCAUCGGAGACCUAUGUUUCCGGCGGCAUCUGGGCAAGGUCAAACUGGUAGUACAUUUACUAGUCAGAGAGGAAGAUAUUUUGGCAAUAAUCGAGGUGGAGGAAGAAAUGGUGGAGGAAGAGGAACUGUCCAGAACUCUCAAGCGGAGGGGAGUCAAGCCAGGGUGUUCGCACUAAACCCACAAGAGGCUCAAGCAUCUAAUGCAGUUGUGCAAGGUAUUUUUACUAUAGCCUCUAUGGAUGCUUUAGUAUUAUUUGAUCCGGGUGCGACACAUUCGUUUGUUUCACCAAGUUUUGUGAUCAAGAUGGGAAAGCAACCCGCUUACUUGAAGAGUCCAUUAUCAGUAUCCACGCCAAUAGGUGAAAUUAUGGAUGCAGACAUAGUUUAUUUGUCUUGUCCUGUGAAUGUUCAAGGACGAGAGUUGCUUGCCUAUCUAAUUUUGCUAGAAGUACUAGCAUUUGAUGUUAUAUUAGGCAUGGAUUGGUUAGCUCGACAUUAUGCGAGUGUGGAUUGUCGCGAGAAGUUAGUGACAUUCAAUACCCCUGGAAUUGAGAUGGUUCCAAUUCAAAGUGAAAAAUUGAAAUCCACUACUAGCAUAAUCUCAGCUAUGAAAGCUCAACGAAUGAUGAGAAAAGGAUGUCAAGCAUUCUUAGCUAUUGUGUUGGAUGCAGAGAAAGCUCAAGGAACUUUACAGAAUGUACCGGUGGUAAUGGAGUAUCCAGAUGUUUUUCCAGACGAAUUACCAGGAUUACCACCAGAUAGGGAGAUAGAGUUCUGUAUUGAGUUAGCUCCUGGUACCAAACCGAUAUCAAUACCUCCUUAUCGGAUGGCGCCAGCAGAGUUAAAGGAACUGAAAAAUCAACUAGAGGAACUACUUAAUUGUGGUUUUAUCAGAUCGAGUGUUUCACCAUGGGGAGCACCUGUUUUAUUUGUUAAAAAGAAGGACGGAUCGUUUCGGCUCUGUAUAGACUACAGACAGCUGAACAAAGUUACAAUCAAGAACAAGUACCCAUUGCCAAGAAUUGAUGAUUUGUUCGAUCAACUACAAGGAGCAAAGUACUUUUCUAAGAUUGACUUGCGAUCAGGAUAUCAUCAGUUAAAGAUCCGAGAGGAUGAUGUUUUGAAAACUGCUUUUAGGACUCGGUAUGGUCACUACGAGUUCCUAGUUAUGUUAUUUGGAUUGACGAACGCGCCGGCGGCUUUCAUGGAUUUGAUGAAUAGGAUAUUCAAACCAUUCUUGGAUCAGUUUGUAAUUGUUUUUAUUGAUGAUAUUUUGAUUUACUCGCGUACGGAGGAGGAGCAUGCACAUCAUUUGCGCCUAGUUCUUCAGAAAUUGAGGGCGCAUCAAUUGUACGCCAAGUUCUCAAAGUGUGAAUUUUGGUUAGAAGAAGUGGCAUUUUUGGGACAUGUUGUGUCUCAAAGUGGAAUUAAAGUAGAUCAAAAGAAGAUUGAAGUGGUUGUGGAAUGGAAACGACCAACUUCAUUAACUCAGAAAAAUGCAAAGUACGAAUGGAUAGAGAAAUGCAAUAACAAUUUUCAGAAACUGAAGGAGUGUCUAACGACAGCUCCAGUGCUAGCAUUACCAGAAGGUAUUGAAGGAUUCACUGUUUACUGUGAUGUUUCAAGGCAUGAAGUGAACUAUCCUACUCAUGACUUGGAAUUAGCAGCAGUAAUCUUUGCAUUAAAAAUCUGGAGACAUUACUUACAAAGGAGAUGGCUAGAGUUGCUUAAGGAUUACGAUUGCACUAUACAAUAUCAUCCGGGUAAAGCCAAUAUGGUGGCUGAUGCAUUAAGUAGGAAAUCUGCAGGAAGUUUAGCACACGUUACAACAGAGUGGCGAAGGCCAUUGUAA